GAUCAUCGUACGGUCCUCAUUUCCCCCUCUGUUGUAGAUGAGUAUCCAAUCGGGGAACAGAGGUCAUCGUCGGAUCACCCAUGAAGCUUGCAUGAAUCCCCGGCCACAUCCCUUCUAAGAAACCCUAUCCCAAUCCCUUUAAAUCCUCGCUUUUGAUCCCGCUUUGAUCCAUGCCUGCUCCGUUCUUCCCUUCAUUGAUCCGUAUAGGUUAUUUUUGUGGCUUCUGGCCUUCUUGGAAGUGGAUUUGGUGAAGGGACAAUGGGUGUUCGCAGAACUCCAUGCACUGCUUUGUUUUCCAUCCUGUUUGUUCUUUUCGCUUCUUCUGGAUAUUCUGUUGAUUGGUUGAAGUCGAACCAGACAGCAACUCUUCUUAUUGAUGGAUCACCUCAGUCAGGCCGGAAGAUCCCUGAUAAACUCUUUGGUAUCUUUUUUGAGGAGAUCAAUCAUGCAGGAGCUGGUGGACUCUGGGCAGAGCUUGUGAGCAACAGGGGGUUUGAAGCUGGGGGACAGACUACUCCAUCAAAUAUUGAUCCAUGGUCCGUAAUAGGGAAUGAAACAUAUGUAACAGUGCAAACUAAUGGCACAUCUUGUUUUAACCGUAACAAGAUAGCACUUCGCAUGGAAGUACUAUGUGAUGAUGAGGAAUCCAAUGCAUGUCCAGCUGGUGGUGUUGGCAUAUAUAACCCUGGGUUCUGGGGCAUGAAUAUUGAAGAAGGGAAGGCCUAUAAAUUGGCUCUUUAUGUUAAAUUAAUGGAACCCAUUGACAUAUCAGUUUCACUAACAAGUGCGGAUGGAUUGCAAAGCCUUGCCACUGCUAACAUUGUACCUGCUACUUUGGAAUUGUCAAAAUGGACAAAGGUUGAGCUUCAGCUUGAAGCCAAAGGAUCAAAUACAAAUUCAAGACUUCAAUUGACUACUACUAAAAAGGGUGUGAUUUGGUUUGAUCAAGUAUCACUCAUGCCUGUUGAUACAUACAAGGGCCAUGGUUUUCGGAAGGACCUGUUUUCCAUGCUAGCAGAUCUUAAACCCAGUUUUAUCAGAUUUCCAGGUGGUUGUUUUGUCGAAGGUGAGUGGCUUAGAAAUGCCUUUAGGUGGACAGCAACCAUUGGACCAUGGGAGGAGAGACCUGGUCAUUUUGGUGAUGUUUGGAUGUAUUGGACUGAUGAUGGGCUUGGAUAUUUUGAGUUUCUUCAGCUUGCUGAAGAUCUAGGCGCCUCUCCUGUCUGGGUGGUGAAUAAUGGAGUCAGCCACAAUGAUCAAGUUGAUACAUCUAGCAUCUUACCAUUUGUUCAGGAUGUCCUUGACAGUAUUGAGUUUGCAAGGGGUGAACCUACCUCAAAAUGGGGUUCUGUUCGUGCAGCAAUGGGGCAUCCUGCACCUUUCGAAUUGAAAUACAUGGCGAUUGGGAAUGAGGAUUGUGGGAAGAAAAACUAUCGAGGAAAUUACCUUAAGUUCUACUACACAAUAAAAGCUGCUUAUCCAGACAUUGAACUUAUUUCUAAUUGUGAUGGUUCUUCUACCAGAUUGGAUCAUCCUGCUGAUAUGUAUGAUUUUCAUAUUUAUACCACAGCUAAUGACAUGUUUUCGAGAGUUCAUCAAUUUGGCCACACAUUACGUGAUGCAAACAGCUCGAAGGCUUUUGUGAGUGAGUAUGCAGUGACUGGAAAGGAUGCUGGUACUGGAAGCCUUUUAGCAGCAUUAGCUGAAGCUGGCUUCCUAAUUGGGUUGGAGUUGAACAGUGAUGUUGUGGAGAUGGCAAGUUAUGCCCCACUUUUCGUCAAUGCCAACGACCGCAGGUGGAACCCUGAUGCAAUCGUCUUCAACUCAUGGCAGCAUUACGGAACCCCCAGUUACUGGAUGCAACACUUCUUUAAGGAAUCUAGCGGCGCCAUGCUUCAUCCUUCCGUACUCCAAACUAAUUCAUCAUCAUUGAUUGCAUCUGCGAUUAUCUGGACUAGUAAAGAGGAUAGCAGCACUUUUCUAAAAAUAAAGAUUGUCAAUUUUGGGAGCGAUUACGUGGAUCUUAAUAUAACUGUCUCUGGACUGCAAAAUGCUAUCAACUCAGUUGGAUCGACGAAGACUGAACUCACUUCUGGUGGUUUAAUGGAUGAAAAUUCUUUCGCAGACCCACAAAAGGUGACGCCCUUUCAGAGUUUGCUCCAAAAUGCUGGAACAGACAUGAAUGUUGAGCUUGCGCCGCAUUCAAUCACUUCAUUUGACUUAAAACUUGUUCCUACGUCGUAUAUCGCUUCGAUGUAAGACGAACUUGUAAAUUUAUAAUACAAAGUUCUCUUGGUUGCAAUCUGGUGAGCUAAUUGGUUAUAUUUGGACUAUGUGGUACUGCAAUCAAUAAUAAAAACCAAAAUCUAUUUGGUUUUUUAUAA